AUGUCGUCGUCGUCUUCGUCGAGUUCUCAUUCACCAUGUGCUGCCUGCAAAUUCCUUAGGCAAAAAUGCACUCAAGAAUGUGUAUUCGCACCGUAUUUCCCACCCGAUCAGCCUCAGAAGUUCGCCAACGUUCACAGGGUUUAUGGAGCCAGCAACGUCGGAAAGCUCCUCAACAAACUCAACACCGUCCACCGCGAAGACGCUGUCACCUCCCUGGCUUAUGAGGCCGAGGCUCGCCUUCGGGACCCCGUGUACGGCUGCGUAGGUUUCAUCUCUAUCCUCCAGAACAGGCUCCGCCAAGUCCAGAGCGAUCUCUACGCUGCCAAGAAGGAGCUUGCUGCAUAUAUAGGCCCUCAGGCCAUGAUGAUUCAGCCCCAACACCAACCCCAAUAUGCAGCUGCUGCAGAUUAUAACAUCAACAUGCCAAUACCAAUGCCAAUGCCGGCGCCCAUGCCCAUGUUGGGAAUUCCCACCGGCCUUUCUCAGGGGGGCGGCGAUUUGGUGAUUCGUGAACCUCAGCAACACCAACAUCAACAACAGAUGUAUGAGGUUCAUCAGGAGCAAGAGGUUGUGAGAUUUGAUCAUGAUCAGAUGAUGAUGAAUAUUAGUAUGUCCCCUUCGUUGGGAUUGGGCUCUACUUUUGAUCAAAACGCUUACCACAUUCAACAACAUCCACAACAACCUCCUGCUGCUCAUUAUCAUCAUCUUCAUCAUCCCACUGAUCAGUAUCAGCAACUUCAGCCGCAGGUUUUGCUCCACCAACCACAACAGGCCCAGCACUCCCACCAUAAAUCAUCUGAACAAGGCUGAGGAGGAAACUUGACAUUCUGGCUUUCCAAUUCUUUUCUUCAACCAAAUAUCCACGCCUAGUGCAUAUAUGCAGCAUACAAUCUACUGAAGAUAUACAAAAAGAGAAAAUUCAUGUACGAGAUGUCAUGAGAUUUAAGAAGUUGGUAAGAAAAAAUAUGAGUUUUGAGUUUAAAUAAGGCUUUCAAUAUUACCGAUACUAUUUGAAA